UUUAUAUAACAUGUUAAGCUGACAAAAAGUAUUACUUUAGUCCAUUAAAACUUUAAGAUAUAAAUCUAAAUAGCAAUAUAAUGUUACGUCACCAUGUUGACUUCGUUCUCCGCUGCACCUUGCAGCGAAGCAAGGCAAAAAUACUGCUACAGGCUCAGGUGCCUCCGGUUCUUACGUGUCAAUGCCAGCGCUAUCUUAGCCCACUGGCGGAAUACCAAGAGCGUGUAAAGGCAGGUAAAUUGAUGGCCGAUGAGAGGCAGGAGAAGACAAUGGAGCAGCUUUCAGCACUGCAUAAAAGAUUGCAGGGUUACCAACCAAAGGAGCAUACGUCUGCUGGCCGCGGGGGCUUUUUUGGAUCUCUCUUUGGUGGUAAGAGUGGCGAGGACGACGAAGCUGAUGAUUUGAACGCAGGCAGCCAUUCGCCAAUGGGCCUUUAUAUCUACGGCAGUGUGGGAGUGGGAAAAACAACACUCAUGGAUCUAUUCUACGAUUGCUGCAAGGAGAUUGAUCGAAAGCAACGUGUUCAUUUUACCGCAUUCAUGACAAGUGUUCACUCCCGUAUACACGAGGCAAAGGAGCGCCAGGGACCUAUAGAUCGUGCGUUCAAUUCAGAGAAGCCUGCACCCUUCGAUCCUACAAAGCCCGUUGCCGAUAUAAUUGCGCGCGAGUCCUGGCUUAUUUGCUUCGAUGAGUUCCAAGUGACGGACAUUGCCGAUGCCAUGAUACUAAAGCGUCUAUUUACCCAUCUGUUCAACCACGGCAUAGUCAUUGUGGCCACAAGCAAUCGUCAUCCCGAGGAUCUGUACAAGAACGGCUUACAGCGAACCAAUUUUCUGCCUUUCAUUGCACUUCUGCAACGCCGCUGUCAGCUUAGCAAACUCGAUUCAAUCGAUUAUCGGCGCAUCGCCCAGUCAGGUGACACAAAUUAUUUUGUGAAAGGUCAAACCGAUGCAGACGCCGAUAUGAAUCGAAUGUUCAAAAUAUUGUGUGCCGAAGAGAAUGACGUAAUCAGGCCUCGCACUAUCACACAUUUCGGCCGCGAUCUGACGUUUCAACGCACCUGCGGCCAGGUCUUGGAUAGUACCUUCGACGAGCUGUGCAAUCGCCCAUUAGCAGGCAGCGAUUACCUGCAAAUCUCUCAAUUCUUUCAUACGGUCCUAAUACGCGAUGUACCUCAAAUGACACUCGACAUUAAGUCGCAAUUGCGUCGCUUUAUAACGCUGAUAGACACACUCUACGACAAUCGUAUACGUGUCGUUAUUUCCGCCGACAAACCGCUGGAUAGUCUUUUCCACUUAACAGAUGAUCCCACACCCAUGUCGGAUACUGAUCGAGUGCUAAUGGAUGAUUUGAAAAUCACACAUUCGCAAGCGGAACAGUCUAGCGUUUUUACCGGCGAGGAGGAACUAUUUGCCUUUGAACGCACAAUUUCACGCCUGUAUGAGAUGCAGAAGCGCGAGUACUGGGAGCAAUGGGCGAAGCAUCGUUAAAGCUCAAACAUUUCAACAAGCAAUAGCAAAAUACGGCAAUUGAAACUUAACAUUUCCUAGUGUAGCUGUCACAAAUGCUUGUUAACUGCAAUCAUAAUUAUAGUAUUGUAGCCAAGCUAACUUGUUUUUAUGGCGAAGCAAUAAAAUAUAUUUUUUAUCCAAAGCCAA